AAUACAAUUAAUAUUACUUUAAAUAAAUAGUUUAAAAAUCGAUUUUAUUCUUGUGUUAAAUAUUUUCUGCAAGUGAUUUAAAUUGGCUUUAGAAAUUGUGGUAAAAUAGACAACAGACUUAGAUUUGUGGUAUAAUUUUGACAAUAAUUAAUAAUCAAUAGAUCACGAACAAAAUGAUUUCAGAAAAUGAUUCUGUUGAAUCUUCAUGGACACAUGUUGACUCUAUCAAAUCGGUUAUUGAAUAUUUUAAAUUGAAACAAAAAAAUAAACUAACAAAUAUGUCGUUACAAGUAAAAAAGCGCGUACGAGCUUUAAAAAAUCUAAUGGUAUCACAAAAUGAAAUUGAAUCCAAAUUCAAGGACGAAGUUUAUCUACUUAGAUUGAAAUACCAAAAAGAAUACGAGCCAUAUUUUAAUAAACUGACGAAUAUAGUCCAAGGAAAGUACGAACCUACCAAAGGAGAAUACUCUUCUUCCUCGGAGGAAGAAGACGUAGAAGGUUCCAAAUUAAACGAAAUAUUGAAACUUGAAUCGUGUGAACAAGUACCUAAGGGAAUACCGGGCUUUUGGUAUGUGUUCAUGAAAAUGUCACCCAAGUUUCGAUGUAUUGUACAACCAUGUGAUGAUCAAAUCCUCAAACAUUUGUCAGGUAUUAGAUGUACUCGGUCUGACGAGUAUAUCGUACUUACUAUAGAAUUCUAUUUCACACCUAACCAAUGGUUUACAAAUGAUUUAUUGACAUUGAAAUUUGAAAAACAAUAUUUAAACAUUAAGAGAAAGACAAUUAUGCUUCCAAUACCUCCCAAUACUGAUUUCAAAAUUACGUCGGGCUGUGAUAUUAAUUGGAAUACGGGGAAAAAUGUGACACAGAAUAAUUUCACAAACCAAGGCAUUGGCGAUUCGUGUAACGAAAUCGUUGCAGAAACUGAAUCAUUUUUCAAUUUAUUUAACGAUAACUCUAUAAAAUUUGAAAGAUUGUUUUUUGAAAUUAAUUUUCUCCCUGAAUAUUUUGAUUCGAUAUUUCUUUCGGCUUAUAUGUACAACCAUAUCUACUAUACACUCAGAGUGGCUGAGCAGUAUAGUCAUAAUAUAUUAUGUAAGCAGUUAUCAGAUUCUGAAGAUAACGAAUCUGAUUGAGAAAAUAUUAUAAUUUAUGUCCGCUCAUAUAAAUGAAAGAAUUAUAAUAUAUCACACGAACAUUAAAAUAAAGUUACAAUUUUGUUUUGAUAAAAA